AUGGCGUUCUCUCUCCUCCUCCUCCUCCUCUUGAGCUCUUUGCUCCUUUUUCUCUCGACCUUGUCGCUCCUCCUCUCGUUGCUCCUCUUCCUCCUGUGCAACGACGAUACUCCUCCUCCGGAAAUUGUUGCUCCUCCUCCUCCGGACCGUCGCUCUUCCUCUCGUUGCUCCUUCUCAUCCUCAAAUCCUAUUAGAGAGCAAAACGCGAUGGCGGUGGCGACCGGAGUGAGAUCAUCGCCGAGUGCGACCUAA